AUGCCAUUCUACAAAUCACCACCGGCGGCGAAUCCGGCGCCGAGGCAGCAGCCUAAUCCCAGAAACAACAUGCAGUACUACACUCAGUCUACUACUACAACAACUAUUUCUCCUUCAUCGGCGGUACAACUCCCUCAAAACACAGUGUCGUUUUUUACCACGGCGGCGACAGAAGUGAAGCCAAUGCAAAGGCGGCGGCAGCAGGUUGAUCAUUGUCCCAGCAAGUUCUUUGGGGUGGUUGGGGAUUGCAGGAUAGACACCAGAGCUUCUACUUACAUCUCUGCCGUUCAGGAGCGGUUCAAGCUGGAGCGGCUCGACCCAGACCGAGUCGUGAUCAUCGAUCAAGCCUCAUGA